ACACCGCCUACUCCCGAGAGAAGGAGGGGGAGAAGGUAUAUGUGCAGGAUGUCAUUCGGAACCAAUUGUCGGAGGAACUGUUCCAGAUCCUGGAUUCCCAGCGUGGACACUUGUACAUCUGUGGGGAUGUCACCAUGGCUCAGGAUGUUUCACGGACGGUUCAGGAAAUCAUCGCUGCGCAGGGGAGCCUCAGCCUGAGUGAAGCUGCCACGUACAUCGCUAAACUGAAGGACGACAACCGUUACCACGAGGAUAUAUUUGGAAUAACACUGCGAACCCGAGAGGUCACCACCAAGGUCCGCUCCACGUCGUUCACCUGUUGGCAGCAGUCCAAGGGGGUGAUCGGUACCAGCAAGGGAGGUCCAGGGGGAGAGGCUGUCCACACCCAGGGAUUGUAGUCACCUGUCACUGGGAGUCCGUCGGUUCUCAGCUGGGGGUGUCUGUGACUGGGGGGUCCAUCACUGGGGGUCUGUUACUGGGGGUUCCCAUUGGGGGGUCUGUCACUGUGGGGUGUCUGUCACUGUGGGUCCGUCACUGGGGUUA